AUGGGUUGGUUUUGGGCUGAUGGAAACGCUGCCGCCGCUGCGCCGGCCGUCCCUCCGUCGCACAAGGAUCUUGCCGCCAGUGGUGCUACUCCUCCUCCUUCCUGCCCCAUGCACAACAAGACCAUGGACGCCUUGAGCGCCCACAAAGCCGCAGCAACACCAGCACCCGAACCGACUCCCGCCGCCGCUCCCCCUUCCAAGUGCCCAGUCAACCAUGGCGCCAAGGACACCCUCGCCGCUGCCGCUGCCACCGUCGCGCCCAAGCAACACCAGCAGCCUGAACAUCACCAACCCGCCGCCGCCGCUUCCGAGCCCUCCUUCCUCUCCAAGCUCAACCCGCUCAACUACAUGUUCUCCUCCAUCUCGCAAGAGCCCGCGCCCAACCAGGCCAUCGCCCUGCCGACCGAGCGCGACCCCUCCUCCAUCCCCAAGGGCACCGGUGACGGCAACUGGGAGUACCCCUCUCCCCAGCAGAUGUACAACGCUCUUUUGCGCAAGGGCUACACGGACACCGACAUCACGGCCGUGGAGAGCAUGGUGGCCGUACAUAAUUUCCUGAACGAGGGCGCGUGGAACGAGGUUGUCGAGUGGGAGCGCCGGUUCGGCAAGGGCCUCAUGCGCGGCUGGGAGAUCAUGAAGCGCGGCGAGGAGAACGCGCCAAUGAUACUGCGCCGGCUGGAGGCGCAGGAGAAUGACCCGGAGCCCCAGCCGACGCUGAUUCGGUUCCAGGGCAGGCCAAAGGAUAUGACGCCCAAGGCGGCGUUGUUGCAGGUUUUGGGAAGGAUAAACCCCAAGUAUGCCACCGAACCCCCCUUUGAUCGCCACGAUUGGUACGUCUCCCGCGAAACCCCCGACGGCGAGAAGAAGGAGGUCCGUUACGUGAUCGACUUCUACUCUGCUCCUCCCGAGCCCACUGGCGAGCCCGUCUUCUACCUUGACGUCAGACCUGCCGUAUCGGUUACCGGCGCUUGCGAGCGCUUGCUGAGGUGGGGCGGUGAUGUCUGGUGGAAGGCUUCCGGCGGUGAGGUCCGGGAGCAGGAGUGA